GUGACUCUGAGUGCGGGUGCUAUUGCGUGAGCCAUAGGGACCCUUUUGAAUCAGAGUUUAGAACCGAGUAACUUUGAACUCUUGGAAACGUACACCAACAUAUAUCUACGGAGACAGCAGUACACUCUGGUCCAGCAAAGCACGCAGACGGUCGAUCCAGCAUUACCCGAGGUUGUACCACCAUACACUUCAACGUGACCAAGUGCAACAUCUACAUUGCACAGCAUGUCGGACAUUACCAAGAAGGAUGAGGCCAAGCCUUUCUCAGAGGAGAAGGUAGAGGAUGAUAGUCCCCGCUUAAAACGCUCUGGAUCGCUCUCAUCGAUUGUAGAGACCACCAGAUUGGCAUGGGACAGAGUUAGACAAACGUACAACAGUGGUGAGUUUGUCGUAUCCUGGAGGGACAUCAUGCUCGGAUUCCACAAGUACAACCCACUGGGAUCACGAAUGGUAGCUACUAGUGUCUCUGCUGUAUUGCUUGGCUUGUUCGUUACACACUACACUGAGUACAACCUCAUCCCAGACACUCCUGAUGUGACUGUGGAGUACGCAGCCGUGUUCUUUGGCUGUGCUGUGGUGUUUAUCCAAUGCAUGUACCUCAUGAACCGUACAAAACCUGUAUACAUCCUUGACUUUGCUACGUACAAAGCUCCGCCCGAAUAUUCGUGCUCGCCCGAGACUUUCAUGGAGCUAUCGCGUGCUGCUGGUGUAUUCAGUCAAGAAAGUCUUGAAUUCCAAGAGAAACUCUGUAAACACACUGGAUUGGGACCCAAUACAGCUGUGCCCGAUAGUUUCUUCAAAGCAAAGCAGAUUGCCGAAGGAAAGAAGCAGAGCGAUGUGUUGUCAAUGGCAACGGCCCGUGCGGAAGCUGAGGAGGUGUUGUAUACCGUUGUACAGUCUCUUCUGGAUAAGCAACAGAUCAAGCCCGAGAACAUUGACAUCCUGAUUGUAAACUGUAGUUUGUUCAGCCCUACACCGUCCAUGAGUGCGAUGGUGGUCAACAAAUUCAAGAUGCGACAUGAUGUGAAAACCUACAAUCUGUCUGGUAUGGGAUGCUCCGCCGGUUUAAUCUCCGUAGACCUGGCCAAGGAUCUACUCCAGGUACACAGAAAUGUUAACUGCUUGAUCUUGAGCACUGAGAAUAUCACACAGAAUUGGUAUCUGGGCAGACAGAAGUCCAUGUUGCUGACCAACACGCUCUUCCGAAUGGGUGGGGCCGCUAUUCUGCUCAGCAACAAAUCCAGGGAUAGCUCACGUGCGAAGUAUGAGCUACAGCACACUGUCAGAACACACCAAGGUGCCUCUGACCUCGCGUACGAGUCCGUCUACCAGGCCGAGGACAGCGACGGUACGGUGGGGGUGCGCCUGUCCAAAAAGAUUAUGGACGUGUCAGGCGUAGCCCUGCGACAAAACAUCACCACGCUGGGGCCACUCAUCCUGCCCUGGUCUGAGCAGAUCAAGUUUGUCUGGAACUUUGUGCAGCGCAAAUGGCUCAAACAGACCGGUGUGAAACCGUACUUGCCCAAUUUCAAGGGGGCUGUGGAGCACUUUGCCAUUCACACGGGUGGUCGUGCGGUGAUUGAUACCCUCGAGGAAGUCCUGGCACUGAGUCAGUACGAUUGCGAGCCGUCCCGCUUUGCGCUGUACCGCUUUGGCAAUACAUCGUCGGCGUCUGUGUGGUACGAGUUGGAGUUUAUGGAGUGCGACGGUCGUAUGAAGAAGGGUGACCAGGUGUGGCAGAUUGCGUUUGGUUCAGGCUUUAAAUGCAACUCGGCUGUGUGGAAGGCGAGGCGCACGCUGCCCAAGACUGGGACCGACUAUUAAAGCGCAUACUGAGGAAGGUUGUGCACGCGUGUGCUGGGGGGGGGUAAAUAUGCAUGUGUCGGAAGGAUGUGGACGGGCAAGCUAGCCUAUGAGAGGGACGCUAGUGUAUGGAGUUGUACGUGCAUACACACACAUGUACACUCGCACGAUACGCUAGGGUGUAUGGAUGGCCAGUGAAGAGUGGGUGUCUGUGUCUGUGUGCGUGUACGUGUACGUGACUCCAAAUUUAGUAUAGGGUAUGUGGACAUGUUUUAAUUUGAUUUAGUUGUGUGGGCGAAAACGUGCGUAGCUAUGGUACGGCAUGAAUAAACGAAUCUGCAGGAGCCGAACAUCAGGCCAUGUGUCUAUCUGAUGGGACACGUGGUAUAUAUCUAAUAUAUAAAUAUAUAUAUAAAGCAUCCUGUAUGGAACAAGCACGGG